AUGUCGUGGCAAACCCCACUUUUGGACAGCGAAUCCACCUUGGAUUAUGGACACAGCCUGACCCAGGCAUCCUCGGAAAAGAUCUGGCGAGCUGGGAAGCUCCUCUUCAGCCACCUCAUGAUCACCUGCCCCGGCCUCAUCCGUGACCACAAGCAUCACCUACGGCACCACAGGCAGUGCUGCUCUGGGAAGGAGCUGGUGGACUGGCUGCUGAGCGCGGGGCUCUCCAUCCAGACACGGAGCCAAGCCAUUGGCGUGUGCCAGGUGCUGGUAGACGGAGGAGUCCUCACGCACGUGAAGCAGGAGUGGCAUUUCCAGGACAAGGACACCCAGUUUUACCGCUUUGCCGAGCUGGAGCUGAGCCCCGAGCCCAGCAAUGGGCUCCGGGAUGCGGAGGAGCUACUGGAGGCACUGGCCUUCUUGGCCCAGUUGGGCCCUGACGCACUGCUCACCAUGGCCCUGCGCAAGCCGCCUACCCAGCGCACAGAGGAUGAGCUAGAGCUCAUAUUUGAGGAGCUCCUACACAUAAAGGCUGUGGCCCAUCUCUCCAACUCGGUGAAGCGGGAGCUGGCGUCCGUGAUGAUGUUUGAGUCACACCAGAGGGCAGGCACCGUGCUGUUCAGCCAAGGAGAUAAAGGCACGUCGUGGUACAUCAUCUGGAAGGGCUCGGUGAAUGUGGUCACCCAUGGCAAGGGCUUGGUGGCCACCCUGCACGAGGGGGACGAUUUUGGGCAGCUGGCACUGGUGAAUGACGCACCCCGCGCAGCCACCAUCAUUCUACGGGAAGACAACUGCCACUUCCUCCGUGUGGACAAGCAGGACUUCAACCGCAUCCUCAAGGAUGUCGAGGCCAACACCAUGCGUCUGAAGGAGCACGGGAAGGUGGUGCUCAUCCUGCAGAAAAACCUGCAGGGUGGCAGCAGCCAGCCAGCUGCUGCAAGGAGCAGUAGGUAUUCAGUGAUGGCUGGGACACCUGAGAAGAUCCUCGAGCAUCUGCUGGAGUUCAUGAGGCUCGAUGCGACACUCUACGACCCUGUGGAUAACCUGCUGGGGGAUUUCCUGCUUUUUUUUUUGCCGACCUCACAGCUCUGCAGAGCCUUGCUGCACCAUUUCCGCACGGAGCCGCUGGAGGGCUUGGAGCAGGAGAAGGCCACCUACUCCCUACAUAAGCGCCGGAAAAUCCUGCGGCUGGUGAGCCAGUGGGUGCUGCUCUAUGGGCGUCUGCUGCAGGGUGACCGCACCACCACAGCCUUGCUGCAGAGCCUCGCAGACCUGGCAAGCCAGGAUCCUCGCCUGGGUGGGCUGAUCCAGGAGCAAGCACAGGACCGCCGGCGGCCCAGACCGCUAGAGAAUGGAGGUGGCAGCAUUUCUCCCCAGCCUAAGGCUCGGAGCUCUGUGAACUGGUUUGCAGGCCAGGAGGAGGCAAUUUUGAAUAGCAGCUGUGCCUUAAGGGCUCAGGACAAAGUGCCCUAUGAGAUCUACAGACCAGACCACUCGUGCCUCAUCACGGUGCUGCCUGUGAACGCUUCGGUGCGGGACAUCCUCCGGUCCCUCACCCCUAAGCUCGGCCACGAGGAUGAGCACAUCCUGGUGAAGGUUAAUUCAGCCGGAGAUAAAGUGGGACUGCAGAUGGAUGCUGUGGGGGUGUUCACCUCGCUGGGGCUCAAUGAGAGGCUCUUUGCUGUGAGCAUGGAGGAGCUGUGCAGCCUGACCCCCCAUCCUGAGCAGCUGGGGCCCAGCACCGGCUCCUCAGAAACAUUGGACCUCAUCAGCUCCAAGGACCUGGCCAGCCAUCUCACGGACUAUGACUGGAACCUCUUCAAGAGCAUCCACCAGGUGGAAAUGAUCCACUACAUCAUCAGGCCACAGAAGUUUCAUGACGUGACCACAGCCAAUCUGGAGCGAGUCAUGCGGCGCUUCAAUGAGCUGCAGUACUGGGUGGCCACAGAGCUGUGCCUCUGCCCCGAGGUGGGCAGGCGAGCCCAGCUCCUCCGCAAGUUCAUCAAGCUGGCUGCACACCUCAAGGAGCAGAAGAACCUGAAUUCCUUCUUUGCCGUGAUGUUUGGUGUGAGCAACACAGCUGUGAGCCGCCUUGCCAAGACCUGGGAGAAGCUGCCUCACAAGAUCCGGAAGCUGCACGCAGCGCUGGAGCGGAUGCUGGAUCCCUCAUGGAACCACAGGGUCUAUCGGCUGGCCGUCGCCAAGCUGAGCCCCCCCAUCAUCCCCUUCGUACCCCUUCUUCUCAAAGACAUGACAUUCAUCCACGAGGGCAACCGCACGUUGGCCGAGAAUCUCAUCAACUUUGAGAAGAUGCACAUGAUGGCUAAGACUGUACGUGUCCUGCAGCGCUGCCGGGGCCACACACAUGCUCCGGUCUCCCCACUGCGGAGUCGUUCCCCACACCGACUGGAGGACCCCAAGGCCAUGAGGAUCUCCACAUGCUCCGAGCAGUCCCUGAGCGUGCGGAGCCCUGUCUCUACCUGGGCCUACCUGCAGCACCUGAAAGCCAUCGACAGCCAGAAGGAGCUGCUGCGGCUCUCACGAGACCUGGAGUCCUGACAGGGAAGGAGGGCCAGAGGGGACCCGGAGCAGGGAUGCAGCAGCAAGUCUGCCAGCAGCGAGGCCGGCCCUGCAGCUCCACUCCCAGCAGUGCAGGGCACGGGCCUGCAUUGGAGCUGGCCAAGAGCAGCCUGCGCUCGGCCACACUGCUGGCUGCAGGCACCAAGCUCUGCGCCAUGAGGCAGCGCAGGAGCCCGUGUGGGCUGCAGGCAGGCGAGGGCCGUGGACAGCAGGGUCAGAGGCCCUCACACAGUGAGCAAUAGAGGUAUUUUUGUAUGCAAGGCUGCACUCACCUUUCUCCUCCGUGCAUCAGUCCGGAUUCGCUCCACGGCACCAGCCACACGGCAGGGAAGGAAGGAGCCCUGGCUGCCCCAUGGUGCUGCCUGCCCCAGGGGAGCUGGAACUGGAAGACACUCCUUCCUCAUGGGGGGACCUAAGCCAGAGCUUCCCUGUGGUCAGGGAAUAGCACGUCUGGCUCCGUCAGAUGAUGCCACCCAGGAUGAGAUCAGGACCUGGCUGGUGCUGCUGUGCACUCAGGAGCUGUGACCACCCAGGGGAUCUGUGGCUGGACACCCUAGUACGGAGACACUGAGUAAAGCCCCUGGUACUGGCACGUUCCCCAUCAGUAGAAAGGGUUGGUGGCAGCACUGCAGCCCAUUUUUUAUGCUCCAGCACUGAGGGCUUGUGGAAACAAGCAGCAAUGGAGCUGAUCCUAAGAGGCUCUGGAGCUGGUUGCAAAGGCUAGAGGGGAGGAGAGGAUGUGGCAUAGAGCGUGGUGAGUUCACUGGGCUCAGCACCUGCACAACCCCUGGGGAUGGGGCACAGCAAGCAGGAAUAUGGAGCUGUGUGUGUGUCCAGAGUGCGCAGGGAGCAGGUGUGCACACAGGUGUGUAAAGCCAGGGAUGUGUCCUGCUGUCCUCCUGGACCUCACACACCCUCCUGCCCUGUGUUAACUCCACAGCUCCUGGGAGCUGCCCCAGAGAGGACCCGCCCUUCCUCCUCCUCUGUCCUGCUUGGCCCUUGGGACAUACAGGCUGUGUCCUCUGUCCCCUGUCCCAGCCUCCUGGGGGCUGCAUGGCCCCAGCAGCCACAGGGGAGCAUCUAGAUCCCUCACAGGUUCAUGAGGGCUCAAAUCAGUGGUGUUGAAUGCAGUGAGGAAGGGUGGGCAGGGAGCACGUCUCCACUGCAGGAACCAGCCUCUGCUGCUGAGCCAUGAGUUAAUCACGACCUUCUCUGUGCUUCAGUUUCCUCCCAUGGACAGGAGCAAAAACAGUCACCCACAACAGUGGCACAGAGCAUGGAGCUAGGACAGUAUCCAUAGAGGAAAAGCUAUGAUGGCCUCGUGAUGGAGCCUGUGACCUGUGCUUGUCCUAGUUUGUAGCCAGGGGUGGCCAAGAUGGACCACUAACGCUGCCAGAAGCUCACCACAUCCAGCAGGCAGGAGGCAGUGUGGACUGGUUGUUUCUAUGGAUAACGCGACCUGAUGUUAGCAGGAAGGAGUGUGGCGGGGCUGGCUCCCAAUCAGGUUAAGCCGUGCUGAGAUCGUAAACCUCUUUUGCACUGCUUGGGGCUAAGCUUGGCUGCCUUUGCCUGACCAUUCCCAAGCCACAAGCAAGGGAUCAGGGAAUAUGUAUUCAAAGGGCUGUAACCUUUCCUUAGCUCCCAGAGGCAGAACCAAAAGCCCUAAGGGAUAAGGACCCCCCCCCAAUCCCUCCCUCCAGAGCAUCACUGGAUGUGCACAGAGCAGAUUUAGCACUGACCUUCCAAAUGCUGUUGCUCAGAGCUGGCCUGAAUGAAAUUACAAGUUUCAGGGGAGAUUGCUGCCCCUAAACACUUUCCCUGUUUGCAGCUAUCGGGGCCUGGGAGAUGCUUUCAGCCCCUGGCAGGGCAUCAACUGGCCACAGGUCUGUGCCCUACCUGGAGUAUUAUGCCACAGCAUGGGGCCACCCAGACUCCAGGCCAGCAGGGCAAAACCCACCCAGCCUUGCUCAAACACCCCCAGCCAUGUUACAGCUGAAUCUAACACCCAGGCACUACAAGGUGGGAGCCCCCAAAGUGGCCUGCCUCAGUCAGUCCUUCCCAGUUAGCUACUGAGCAACGGGAUGAUGCCAAACCCAGGCAGACCAAACUGAGCAGCAGGGAAGGUGUCAGUUUGCAGGACUGCAGUGAUUCCCAGCUCCAGAUGAGAGGCCAGGGCCCCUUAGUGUAUUACGCAGUUCUGAGUGUGCUUUAAAUGAGCUAACUGCCUGAUGAUUACAGCAAAGCCUGACUGUAUAAGGGACAAGGUGCUCAUUUGCCAGCAUCCAUUUGGGAGCUCCGCAACCCAACUAGCUCAGCUGAAACCGCUGCUGGGUCCUGGCCCCUGUGUUGGGGUUCAUCUUGGUCCCACUCCGUGGUGUGCGGAAGGAGCUGCCCCCCGCUCCCCAGUGUGUUAGCUGAGCCAACACGCUCGAGAUCCCACGCUGGGAUGCUCAUGCCUUGUCAACCCAUCCUCGCUGCCUGCAGGACAUUACAGAGCACAAGGAUGGGGGAGCAUAGCAACCCCUCAGCCCCCAUCAGGGAAGGAGAUGGUGGCUGGGCUAUAAGGAUGUGUCCUCCCCCAUGCUGCAAGGCCAGUGGCUCCCGGGAAGACUUUGGGUCAUGGCAGGAAGUUCAAAAAGGAUUAGGGAACAAGGGACCAGAAUGCUGCUGCGUUAAUUACUCUUUUUGAGCUCACACAUCAAAUGAAUGGGUUGCUUAAAAUAAA